CACCACGUCCAUCGCCCCUUUGCAGACAUGGCGCAUCAGCCACACGGCCAGUCCGAGAACCUCACGGAGCGCGAUACUGGCCAGAGAGCCGUGGCAGUGGCUGAUGCAGUCAAGAAGCUCGACGCCUCGCGCGAAGCCCGGCGUGUUUUCACGCUGCCGCAAAAUGAAAUAGCCAUGCGAACAGACAUGCACAACCAUUCUAGCACCUGUACGAGCCUCCUGGCGAGCCGCUGCUCUUCUUGCAUAUAGUCGGUGCCAUGGGGGACUCCCGUUUCAGUCACUACCGAACACGCUGCGACUUCCAGCUCGCUCUGCGUGCCAGCUGACACCAUGGCUCUCCUUCUUGCACCUUACAACAAUGCUAUGCGCCUGGGCCAAGGCUUCAACUCGUAUACCCAACAAGUGUGUAUUGACGAUGCCGUCGUCAUCGAUCCUGACAGGCCAGCAAAUGUGGUCACCAACAUUGGUGACACGAUGGAAGACCUGGCAAUGGCCAUGGCUGAGCAGAUUGAGCGUGACAAAGAGCGUUUGACACAACGAGCCGAGUCUGGCGAUUCUGGAGAGCGCUCGUCCUCAAUCCGCGCCGAUAGUGAUGGAUCGGAUGAUCUGGUCCACGUUUCUGCGCCCUCCACGAAUCCUGUAGCUGCGGCUCGUGAAGCUGAGGAAGAAAGUGAAAAGCUCACCGACGAAGAGAGACGCAAGAAGGCUGGUGAGAAGAAGGCCGAGGAGGCAGCUAAUCUGAAAGGCAAAAGUCUGGAAGAAGUGGAGAAGAAGAAAGAUGGCAUCAAAUUCGAGAAACGAGGGAUUGGCAUGGGCACUAACCUUGAAGCCUAUCCUUGGUCACUUGCAGAGGCGAAAGGUCCCAGUCAAGUCGUGUCGUAUUCAUCGCGUUUCAUUGAUAAAUUAAGCGACAUCACCGAAGACAUGAGCAUCUCUGGAAGCUUGUCCAUCAAGUACGGCGCCAUCGGUGGCUCUGGCAGAGGAUCUUUCGUUGACUCGGAGAAAUUCUCUCAAUCUGACCUGAACUUCUACAUCAGCGUGAAGGUGAUCAACCAGUCCAUCAAUUGGAGAGAUGCGCUGAUCUUCAACCCUAUCCCUUCGAUUAACACUGUCGACACCUCGAAGACACAGCAAGAGUUCAACAAGGUCUUUGGAGACAGUUUCAUAUCGGGGUUCCAGGAGGGAGGCGAGUUCAAUGCUGUUGUCAGCAUGAAAAUUCUCAAUAAAGCAAAGCUCACCGACAUCGAGGCGGAAGCAAAGGUUGCACUGACUAUCGGCCCAGGGAGCGUAGGCGCUACAGGUGCCGUGCACACGGCCAAAAAGAAUCUGGAGAUGAAUACCGAAACAACAAUCCAGGUGUCCUGGAGCGGUGGAGGACACAUCAAGGACCCACGUCAAGCCUGGACGAUUGAUUCUUUAAUGGAGGCGGCGGCGAGGUUUCCCGAUCUUGUGGCCCAAUCGCCACAACGGACGUACGCGAUCCUCUCAAAGUACGACACGUUGAGGAGCUUCGCCGACAAGAAGCCCGCAGGCGUGUCUCCUCUUGCAUAUGAGAAUGCCCAGCUUUACACUAGCGCCAUGAUGGACACGUACAUGGAGUACAAAGCUCUCUACAAGCGCCUGACGGCAGACAUGGCCAGUGUCCGAGACACCAAAACCAAGCGAAUUGUUGCGUGGGCGGCAAAUACUACCACCUCCGACCAGACAGGUCCCUUCGAGAGCAAUGUCAAAGGUCUUGACGAUGCGCGAAGAAGGAUACGGGAGCAGAUGAUGCUUAUCGUUACCGAAGUCGAUAAAUUGACGGUGGACCCCAGUAAGCUGAGUCCUGAUUACAAGGAGCCUUUCCUGCCGGCAGCAACAUUCGCCACGAAAGUCCCUAUCGUAGAAGACAUCGUCAAGGCACCGGAAGUUCCCUUGUCCGGCAAAGAAAUCAAACCGGUAGAAGAAAAAAGAGGCUCGGCGACCUCUGAGCUCUUAGUCAGUAAGGACGAAGUAACAUCCGAGGAAGAAAAUUAUACUGUUGGACUCAGUCAGAAGGAUCCCUCUAUUGGCGAGCAUCUGAAAUUGACAAGGCCCUGUGGAUCAGUCGAGAACGGCACUUACUUCAACAACCUUGACUUCGUCCACAAGGACUUUACCAUAUCCUCGAUUGCUGUAGAGCUUUCCAAGGGGGCGCUGUCAGCACUCAGGGUCCAGUAUACAAAUGGUCUGGCUAUAACCCAUGGAAAGACGACCGAUAAGGCGCCGAUUAUUUUGAAGUCCUUUUCUGCUGGCGAGAAGCUCAUUGCAGGCUCAAUCGAGACUGGAUGUGGCCCUGAUGAUGGGGAACAGGAACGUGUCAUAUCGCUCAAGCUCUACACCAAUCGAGGUCGCCAAUUAUUGGGCACUGCAGCCUCGUCCACGCUCUCCGGUGGGGCGCACAACAGAGAUGGAACGAUCUACUUGAAAGUGAAGACGACCUACUUCGACACUCCAUUUCAAAAUGGCUCCCUGCGCGGAUUUUGGGGCAGAAGCACUGAAAAACAAAGCUCUGACGGCGUGAUAUGGAGACUUGGACUCGUUUGGGGUGACGCGGGAAGCUCAGACAGUACUGCUCCUCUUGUGGUCGCCGACGGCCCAGAAGAAGGGUCCGUUUUCGCCCAGGCUGGCCAUGCAUACGUCAAAUGGGACCAGGGUAGACGCGGAGAACGGUUCAAGACGGCUGUGACAUUCCCGUUCCCGUACUCUACCACCCCGACAAUCAUAUCAGGUCUCAGAGAGUACGAUCUGGCCAAGUCCAAUAAAAUGGAAAUUGGUGAAGAAAGUAACGACAGCAUUUCUCCAACCGGUUUCCAGGCGACAACUUACAGUAUUGACGAGGCGUCGACAUAUGGCGUUUCUAGCUCCUGGAUGGUAUUGCCCCAGAACGAAAUUUCUUUCCAAACAGGAGAAGUCACAACACGUGGUAUCGAUACCCGACCGAACAUCGAUAUCAAAGUCAUGUUCCCAAGAAAAUACAAGUCCGAUCCGACAGUGGUGUGCUGGCUCAAGGCCGUUACAACCACUACCAAAGGCGAUCCACCCAAUCAUCGCGUGUUAUGUACUGUCAAGAGCGUUGGACCAGACUAUGCUGUCAUUGCCAUAAGCACGUGGCAUACGACCGACCUGGUCUAUGCCAAAGUCGGAUGGUUGGCAUGGGACAAGGAGCAAGAUGGUCGCCUGAUCAAGACAGGCAGCCUUCUUACGAAACACAAUGACGCUGCUAACAAGAAUCAAGAGAAGGAGGUAAGGUUCGAGAGGGGCGCGUUCAAAAAGCCUCCGGUCAUGUUCUUUGCCUUUGAAAGCUGGGAUGUCAAGACCGUGGAAGGUUUGAGAGCAACGGCGAGUCUCCGCGUAAUUGAAAAGGACAGAUUCACCGCUACGUUGGGAGCUUGGGAUGCCACUCAAUACGAGUCUUUCAUAGGCAGGUGGAUCGCUAUCGAAGGACCUUGA